UCCGCUGCGGACGCCAUCCACAAGCCACUACCAGUAUCGGGCGCAGCUGGCCGCUCUCCAAUCACACAAACAGCUCGACUCCGGCAUGAGAUACUCGUGGGCCUUGUGUCUGGCGGCGACGCUGUCGCUGGCGGCAGGCCAAGUGCCCGGCUUUGGCGGCUGUCCGGUUUACCAGCCCAUGACCAACUUCGACCUCUCCAAGUACAUGGGCACGUGGUACGAGGCGGAGCGCAUGUUCGCCGUGACGGAGGCAGGAGCCCGUUGCGUCUCCGCUACAUACAGCAGCUUCCCGGGCGACAAAGUGCGUGUGACCAACCAGAUCACCAACAGACUCACUGGACUGACGCGGCAGCUGGACGGGGAGAUCAAGAUGGUAGGGAAGGCAGGCGAGGCAAAGCUCUCUGUGAAGUACUCCUCCCUACCAGUAUCGAUUGACUCUGAGUACAUGGUGCUGGACACAGACUACGAUACCUACUCCAUCGUGUGGUCAUGCAGCUCUCUCGGACCCUUCGUGAACAGGCAGAACGCGUGGAUCAUGACCCGCGAGCGGCUGGCGCCGGACCCCGUGUUGCAGCGAGCCUACGGCCUCCUGGACAACUUCAAGAUCCGGCGCACGUUCUUCGUGAAGACGGACCAGGAGAACUGCGACUACGUGGCCGCGCCCGGCGCCUCCGGCGACGCAGCCCCGCCCGCCACGACCCCCGCAGCAGCGCCC